AUGGGAACAACAGGGACACCAGGGACACCGGGAACAACAGGGACACCAGAAACAACAGAGACACCAGGAACAACAGAGACACCGGGAACAACGGGAACAACAGGGACACCAGGAACAACAGAGACAACGGGAACAACAGGGACACCGGGAACAACAGGGAAACCGGGAACAACAGGGACACCAGGAACAACAGAGACACCAGGGACAUCGGGAACAACAGAGACACCAGGACACCAGGAACAACAGAGACACCGGGAACAACAGGGGCACCAGGAACAACAGGGACACCAGGAACAACAGAGACACCGGGAACAACAGAGACACCGGGAACAACAGAGACACCAGGACACCGGGAACAACAGGGACACCAGGAACAACAGGGACACCAGGGACACCUGGAACAACAGGGACACCAGGAACAACAGAGACACCGGGAACAACAGGGACACCGGGAACAACAGGGACACCGGGAACAACAGGGACACCAGGGACACCUGGAACAACAGGGACACCAGGAACAACAGGGACACCAGGAACAAGAGGGACACCGGGAACAACAGGAACAACAGAGACACCGGGAACAAUAGGAACAACAGAGACACCGGGAACAACAGAGACACGAGGAACAACAGAGACACCAGUGACACCAGGAACAACAGGGACACCGGGAACAACAGAGACACCGGGAACAACAGGGACACCGGGAACAACAGAGACACCAGGAACAACAGAGACACCGGAAACAACAGGGACACCAGGAACAACAGAGACAUCGGUAACAACAGGGAACCCGGGAACAACAGAGACACCGGGAACAACAGGAACAACAGGAACAACAGGAACAACAGGGACACCAGGAACAACAGGGACACUGGGAACAACAGGGACACCGGGAACAACAGGGACACCAGUGACAGCAGGAACAACAGGGACACCAGGAACAACAGAGACAACAGGGACACCGGAAACAACAGAGACACCAGUGACAUCAGUGACACCAGUGACACCGGGAACAACAGAGACACCGGGAACAACAGGGACACCAGGGACACCGGGAACAACAGAGACACCGGGAACAACAGGGACACCGGGAACAACAGGGACACUGGGAACAACAGAGACACAGGGAACAACAGGGACACCAGGGACACCAGGAACAACAGGGACACCAGGAACAACAGAGACACCGGGAACAACAGGGACACCGGGAACAACAGAAACAACAGAGACACCGGGAACAACAGAGACACGAGGAACAACAGAGACACCGGGAACAACAGGGACACCGGGAACAACAGAGACACCGGGAACAACAGUGACACCAGGAACAACAGAGACACCAGGAACAACAGAGACACCGGGAACAACAGAGACACCAGGAACAACAGAGACACCAGGAACAACAGAGACACCGGGAACAACAGAGACACCAGGAACAACAGGGACACCAGGGACACCGGGAACAACAGGGACACCAGGAACAACAGGGACACCGGGAACAACAGGGACACCGGGAACAACAGGAACAACAGAGACACCGGGAACAACAGAGACACCAGGAACAACAGAGACACCAGGGACACCGGGAACAACAGAGACACCAGUUACAUCAGUGACACCAGUGACACCAGGAACAACAGAGACACCGGGAACAACAGAGACACCGGGAACAACAGGGACACCAGGGACACCAGGAACAACAGAGACACCGGGAACAACAGGGACACCGGGAACAACAGGGACACCGGGAACAACAGAGACCCCGGGAACAACAGGGACACCAGGGACACCAGGAACAACAUGGACACCAGGAACAACAGAGACACCAGGAACAACAGGGACACUGGGAACAACAGGAACAACAGAGACACCGGGAACAACAGAGACACGAGGAACAACAGAGACACCGGGAACAACAGGGACACCGGGAACAACAGAGACACCGGGAACAACAGUGACACCAGGAACAAUAGAGACACCAAGAACAACAGAGACACUGGGAACAACAGAGACACCAGGAACAACAGAGACACCAGGAACAACAGAGACACCGGGAACAACAGAGACACCAGGAACAACAGGGACACCAGGGACACCUGGAACAACAGGGACACCAGGAACAACAGGGACACCGGGAACAACAGGGACACCGGGAACAACAGGAACAACAGAGACACCGGGAACAACAGAGACACCAGGAACAACAGAGACACCAGGGACACCGGGAACAACAGAGACACCAGUUACAUCAGUGACACCAGUGACACCAGGAACAACAGAGACACCGGGAACAACAGAGACACCGGGAACAACAGGGACACCAGGGACACCAGGAACAACAGAGACACCGGUAACAACAGGGACACCGGGAACAACAGGGACACCGGGAACAACAGAGACACCGGGAACAACAGGGACACCAGGGACACCAGGAACAACAUGGACACCAGGAACAACAGAGACACCGGGAACAACAGGGACACCGGGAACAACAGGAACAACAGAGACACCGGGAACAACAGAGACACGAGGAACAACAGAGACACCGGGAACAACAGGGACACCGGGAACAACAGAGACACCGGGAACAACAGUGACACCAGGAACAACAGAGACACCAGGAUCAACAGAGACACUGGGAACAACAGAGACACCAGGAACAACAGAGACACCAGGAACAACAGAGACACCGGGAACAACAGAGACACCAGGAACAACAGGGACACCAGGAACAACAGGGACACCGGGAACAACAGGGACACCGGGAACAACAGGGACACCAGGAACAACAGGAACACCGGGAACAACAGGGACACGAGGAACAACAGAGACACCGGAAACAACAGGGACACCGGGGACAACAGAGACGCCGGGAACAACAGUGACACCAGGAACAACAGGGACACCAGGAACAACAGGGACACCGGGAACAACAGGGACACCGGGGACAACAGAGACGCCGGGAACAACAGUGACACCAGGAACAACAGGGACACCGGGGACAACAGAGACGCCGGGAACAACAGUGACACCAGGAACAACAGAGACACCAGCAACAGCAGAGACACCAGUGACACCAGGAACAACAGGGACACCAGGAACAACAGGGACACCAGGAACAACAGGGACACCGGGGACAACAGAGACGCCGGGAACAACAGAGACACCAGGAACAACAGAGACACCGGAAACAACAGGGAAACCGGGAACAACAGAGACACCGGGAACAACAGAGACACCGGAAACAACAGGGAAACCGGGAACAACAGAGACACCGGGAACAACAGGGACAACAGCAACAACAGGAACAACAGGGACACUAGGGACAACAGUGACACCAGGAACAACAAUGACACCGGAAACAACAGGGACACCAGUGACAGCAGGAACAACAGAGACAACGGAAACAACAGAGACACCGGGAACAACAGAGACACCGGGAACAACAGAGACACCAGGAACAACAGGGACACCGGGAACAACAGGGACACCAGGAACAACAGGGCCACCAAUAAAAGAGUAAGAAUUAAUUUUAAUAUGGCUCAAAAUUAG